UGCCAGAGCCAUUACACUCUUCUGUCCUCACUAGUCACUACACAAUGCUACACAAUUCAGUUGUGGUUCACUUUCAAUACGAUUUUAAUAUAAUAAUAAAAAAACAGUCAGUUCGAUAAACUCUUGUAUUGAGCUCCGUUACAUUAUCAUAAAAAAAAUAUAUAUAUAAUCUUUUACGCCAGUGGACCACAGUGGACUCAGUGGACACCAGUUCUGUAAUAAAAAAACGCUUCAGUGUAUGUAUGUGAAUACAUUUCUUGAACAAUACCGGAGUUUAACAAUACAUAAAAUCUAUUGAAUCGAUCUAUUGUUUUCUUACUUACACAUACGUAGCAUACUCAGUUAGAAAAUCUUAGCAUUCGUCAACACUCGUUGUGACCGUCGAGUUGCGUAUUCGCGUGGCUCAUCAAGCAUGCUUCUAACCUAAGCUCGCUGACAGGUGAAAGAUCAAUUAUGCGUCGUCUUGCAAGAAAGAAAUGGAUUCACAAGGGAAACCGAGUAGAUCUUUACCGCCGUUAGUCGAAGGCAGAGUUCAUGGCAGUCUGAAGCUCGUUAUCGACGAAGUCUUCUGGAUCGGAACAAGCCCUGGUGACGUUACUGUAGUGGCUUCCUGGUGGGGCGAACGUGAUAAUGCACAGUUCAGACUAAGCGACAAUAUCACAGGAAUAGAAAGAGCAGAUGAAGAUAUGACUGAGGUGUAUGUUAUAAAAACUAACACGACACUCUUUGAAGAUUACAUUAAAAAUUGUGACACGAUAGAACUAGCGAUUGUUGCGGAGAAUAUCCAUGAGGUUAUCGGUAGGGGACAUGUAGGAGAAUUGUCCAAGAUAUUUGCAUGUAAAUAUUGUUCUCAAUUUAUUCCGAUAUUGAAUAAUAAUGGCCAUAAAAUAGGAAAAUUACAUGUUUCUUUGCAAUUAACGUAUUUGACAAAACCUACUGAUGCACAAAUGAAAACAUGUAAAAACAGUAAAAAGGAGGAUAGAGAUAUUUUGUUACUUUCCAUUGACAAUUUACAAUAUAAUGAGAAAAUGCCAGUGAAAUCUUACGAUAUGGAGAACACUGAACGGAAGAGAUCUAAGAAAUCUGAAAAGAUUGAUACGUAUAAAUCUGUUCUCAAGACAAAACGACCAGAGUUUCGAGAAUCUGGGAAAGAACUGAAUGAAAUGGUAACAGAUAAAUUGAUCACUCAGAUUGUUGCUAGAGCGCAGCAUCUUAGAGAGGCAAUAUUAAAGGAGACUUAUAAAGAGGAUUCCUUCACUCUGAGCGAUAGUUCAUUGAGCAAUGGAUUACAUUUUUAUGCUCCAUCAGCAAACAGAGAGAAACUUUAUAAGUAUAUUUUGGGGGUAGAAAUGUCUCCCUUAGAGGAAAAGAAGGUCUUGAAUAUGUUGAGAUCAACGUCUCCAAAUUUGAUAGAUUUGGCAUCAAAAAUCAUUACAACUGAUAAAGACAAUAACAUGAACACUGGAUGGAACAAAAAUUUCUCUGCAAUUUUGGACAGUCUUAAAGAAGAUACAUUGAAUGAAGAUGCCACUUAUACUGAGUUGGAAGGAACAGAUCCUCUAGAUUAUGUAAACAGUAUUAAAAUUUUUAUUAAAUCUUUCACACUGACACCCGCAGGAUACAGACGUGCAAAAUCUACAUGUUUGCAAUAUGGCAUGCCAUUGUCACAGACAUAUUUUAUUCAGUAUGAUACGACAUUUGGAUCUACAAAGCAAACAAAUACCAAAUCUAGUAAAGAAAUUAAAUUUAUAAGAACAUGUGCUAAGAAGCAAGUGGGUCAAGUUGUCAACUUUAACUACGAGGGUAUUUAUAGUAUAUCAAAACAUAAUAUAAGUAGAAACUUUCCUUUGAAAUUUAAAGUUUUUGUCAAACAUCAUAAUCAAGAACUUCCGACUGGAUUAGGAUUUGGUUUCAUGAAUAUCAGUGACGUUACAAAUACUACGAACUUAAGUAGUACUCAGUGUAUAACUAUUGUGAAUAAAGGUAUCAAAAUAGGUGAAUUAAAUGUUACAAUAGAAUUAGGUUGCGAUUUUAUUCAUUUUGGAAAAGAAUUACUUGACGCUAUAAUAUCCAAAAAGGAAAAUCUUCCUAUUUUGAAAAGGAAAUCUUUGAUGAACUCAAAUGAUAAUAAAUAUAAAAGUGCAACAGGGACUCAUUCUUCUAAAUCUAAUUGCAAAGUGUCAUCUGUUUCUGCCAAGCGAAUUGAGUGUUUAACUAGUAACAGUAAAGAUAUAAUUAUUACAAAAGAUAUGACACAGCAUCAAGAACAAAGCUUAGAUAACAAAAAGAUUGAUACAAGUAAUCCAGAAAGCGAUACUAAAGACAAGGUAGGUUCAAAUGACAAAUUAGAGCUUAUUGAAUGAAUACUAUCCAUUUAUAUUAAAUGCUGUUGAAUAUUAAGGAAAAGCUUUCAAAGUCAUAAGCAAUAGGAAGCAAUAGAAAUUGUAUUAAAUAAUAAGCAAAAAUCAAGGUUGGGUAGUAAAGUAACUAGUUAAGAAGUUAAAAAUUAAAUAAUAAU